CAGCUCUCUGCCCUGUCUCUCUCUGCCUCGAGUCUCCACUGGGUAAACAGCCAUGUCUCACCGCAAAUUCCAAGCCCCUCGCCAUGGGCACAUGGGCUUUCUGCCCCACAAGCGAAGUAAGAGACAUCGUGGCAAGAUCAGAAGUUGGCCCAAAGAUGAUCCAAAACAGCCAGUCCACCUCACAGCUUUCCUGGGAUACAAGGCUGGUAUGACCCAUACGCUGAGAGAGGUGCAGCGCACUGGCAUGAAGAUAUCAAAGCGAGAAGAGGUGGAGGCUGUGACUAUUAUUGAGACUCCGCCUGUCAUUGUGGUGGGUGUAGUAGGGUACAUCAGCACUGUGAAAGGUCUCCGCUCAUUCAAGACCAUCUUUGCUGAGCACAUUAGUGAUGAGUGCAAACGUCGAUUCUACAAAAACUGGUAUAAGUGCAAGAAAAAGGCCUUCACCAAGUACAGCAAGAAGUGGCAGGAUGAACCAGGCAAGAAGCAGCUGGAGAAGGACUUUUCUCUGAUGAAGAAGUACUGCUCUGUGAUUCGUGUUAUCGUUCAUUCUCAGAUGCGCUUGUUAACCCUGCGCCAGAAGAAAGCUCACAUCAUGGAAGUGCAGCUAAACGGAGGCACUGUGGCUGAGAAGGUAGACUGGGUGAGGGAGAAGCUAGAGCAGCCUGUACCUGUUUCUUCUGUCUUCUACCAGGAUGAGAUGAUUGAUGUCAUUGGGGUCACCAAGGGCCAUGGCAUGAGGGGUGUGACAAGUCGCUGGCACACCAAGAAGCUGCCAAGAAAAACUCAUAAAGGCCUGAGGAAGGUGGCCUGCAUCGGAGCCUGGCAUCCAGCCCGUGUGGGCUUUACUGUGGCCCGUGCUGGCCAGAAGGGAUACAACCACCGGACAGAGCUUAACAAAAAGAUCUACCGUAUUGGGAAAGGGGUUCAUGUCCAAGAAGGAAAAGUAGUUUGCAACAAUGCCUCCACUAGUUAUGAUACAACUCAGAAGUCCAUCACUCCACUGGGAGGCUUCCCUCAGUACGGUGAGGUGAACAAUGACUUUGUGAUGGUCAAGGGCUGUGUAAUUGGGACAAAGAAAAGAGUUCUUACUCUUAGAAAGUCCCUGCUUGUGCAAACCUCACGCAAGACCAGAGAAAAAAUUGAGCUUAAAUUCAUUGACACCACCUCCAAGUUUGGACAUGGCCGCUUCCAGACAGCUCAGGAGAAGUUUGCCUUUAUGGGCCCUCAGAAGAAACACCUGUUAAAGAAAGCUGAGCCUGCUGAGGAGACUCUGUGAGGUGUAGUGUGUUCUCCUUAUGAAAAUGCACAUGUUUAAAAUAAAAUAGCUUUUAGACUCAGAGA